AUGCCAUUCGCUGAGAAUGCAGGUAUCGUUCUUGAUGGUGCAUCAAAGAGCUCUUCAUCCGAACCGAACAAUACUACAAAGGUUUCAAUUGUUCGUCAUAAUUCAUCGGCAUCGAUGAGUGUCCCUCAGUGGCUGUCCGACCCGAUGUCGUUGAAAUCGCACGAAAUACUUGCCUCAAUCAAAGACAUCGUAGUUCACAAGGGUGGGCGGAGGACGAUAACGCUUGACUGGUCACCGACCAUACAAGAUGCCUGCGCAAACUUUUUCUCACCGUCGAACAUCCGAAGAUACCUUGGACUCUACUGGGUAUUAUGGCACCCGAAUGUCAAUAUCAUGCAUAAACCAACCUUCAAUUCCUCAACGUCCAAGCCCUUCCUCCUCGCUGCAAUGUGUUUGAUAGGGGCGUGCAUGUCGCCCGAUCCUGCAGAUUCUAGCGGCGCAAAGCUGUGGUUCAACUGUGUGGAAGAGCUUGUGUUCAACAGCGAGGAUUUCUGCGACGACGCAGAGGCCCCAACCUGUCGCGACACCGGAGAGGUCAAGUGGCGACACGAGAAGCUCAGAGCUCUUCAGGCUGCAUACAUGGUCCUUCUUUACCAGACGUGGGAAGGGACAGACUCCAGCAAGCGUCGAAUCCGCCGGCUGCGCUUCAGUAUGCUCAUCGCUGCAAUCAGAGAUGUGGGCAUUGUAAACGCCAGGCACGCUAACUACAGCGACCUUACACUGGCCAACUUCUCUUUCAGUCAGUUUGCGGCGAUGGAACAGCUGAUUCGUGUGAUUUUGUGGGUGUUCUUGGUUGACACUGCCUUUGUCAUAUUCAACAACCUCCCUCCUCGAAUGGUGAUCAAGGAAAUGAAGAUGAGCCUUGCUUGCCCUGAGAUAUGUUUUCAGGCGUUGACAUCAGAAGAUUGCUUCCUUGCAUUGCAGAGGGAGGAUGCAAUACACGCUUUCCGACCUGACCAGGCACUAGAAUUUGCUUCUGCCUUUGAAAUGCUCUACCAGAGCUCAAUGAACGACGCUACGACUAUGAUGCUUGCUGACCUUGGACCCCUCAAUCUUUUCGCCAUGACUUCUACGUUGCAUGCUUUAGUGUUCCAUCACCAAAGCACCUUCAGCUGCCAUGGCUCUCUGGAAAGCGUCAAAACUGUCCUACGUAACUGGAGUAGUGUGUGGCAGGCUUACAUCCAGCACAUCUCCAUUGAUCAACGCCAUUCUCCGAUUCCACUAGAUUCUCAGGAUCUCGAAAUUGAGGAAAUGUGGAAGCGGGUUGGUUUUAUGCGUCAUGCUGAGGAAUAUUGGCUUCUUGCGAAACUCAUGGUCGACAAUCUUACGCGUAAUGCACAAGCCACUGUUCACCCAAGCCAAGGAGUUUCUGGCCUUGAGAUACCUACAGUCAGCAUUGUCAAAGCUCGCUCCGCGAAUCCCUUGCUUAACGAAUACGAUGAAACAAGCAUGGAGCAGGUGAACGCCCUAAUAGCGGAUUUCCAGAGAGUCGGCCUUUGA